UAGAUGAGUAUAUAUGAUUAUUUGAUUUGUUGAUUAAAUUUUGUGAUAGACUUCUUUUUAAAACUUAAUAAUCUGUUUAUCCAUGACGUUUAAAUAACGUAGUAGCAUAUUUAAAUUUUUUAAGGGGUGUUUUGAAUCAAGUGCUUCCUUCUAUUCUUCAAGAAGACGUCUAUUUUGGUAAACUAAAUUGAGUUUGAGCUUAUGGAGUUAGACUUUUUGCCAUAUUUUUGUUGCACUGUUUCAUUUCUUAUUCUUAUAUGCGGGGAUGAUUUUUUUUUCUUUUUUUUUUUUCUUUUCAGUUUCAAACAGAUUUACAGUACUUUUCUCAUGCUGAAAUUUUGUGAAAUAUAUGUAUAUAGGGGAGCCCAGAUUAAGAAAUAGCGGUUACACAUUAUGCCCUUUUCAUAAAAUUCUGUAUGUUUUUAUUCUGAUUUAAUUUCAGGCUUCCAUGAAAAUUUUGAUCUAGGAUGCCGUGAUUUGAGGUGUAACUCUGCAGUAAUCAUAGUAGUUUCUUACUAGAUCUCUCAACUCAAAUCUCAGAUGAAGUUGGUUUUAGCAGAACAUGACUAGAUUGAUUGAUUGUCAGAAACAAAGAAACAAACAUAGACAGAUGGAGGCCUCCUUGCAUUAAACAACUUCUGUUAUAUAUGGAAUCCUAACUUUUUUACGCAUUUCCACCGAUAUGCUAAAACCCCUGCUCAGAGAGAUUACACGCCCAUCUUCUUCACAUUUUUCCUCAGUUCUCAGUCUGAUAGAUUGAUCUUCUGGCGACCUUCCUUGCCUCUCUCUCUUCCUCCUCUUCUUCGGCUGUGGCACCAGCCAUUAUCAGACUCUCAAUGGCGGCCACGAUCGCCUUCAACACCGUUGGAGCUCCGGUACGAAUCUUCAGCCAAUUAUCUCACCCACGAAGCUCCUAUCCACUUCUCGGCGGGAUUCGACUGCAUCGCGUUGCCCUGACCAGAUUUUCGAGCUCCUUAUCCUCCUCCUCUGGCUCUGCAGGAAUUAGGGCGCAGGUAGCGGCCGUUGAGCAAUCGAGCGCUGCUGUAUCUCAGAACAUGGAGGCUCCUGUGGUUAUCGUCACUGGAGCUUCUAGAGGAAUUGGCAAAGCUGUUGCGCUUGCUCUCGGCAAGUCUGGUUGUAAGGUUCUGGUAAACUACGCAAGGUCAUCUAAGGAAGCUGAAUUAGUUUCCAAGGAGAUUGAGGCAUCUGGUGGUCAAGCUCUGACAUUCGGGGGUGAUGUUUCAAAGGAAGAAGAUGUAGCGGCAAUGAUUAAAACUGUGGUUGAUGCAUGGGGAACAGUUGAUGUGUUGGUUAAUAAUGCUGGAAUAACACGGGAUGGCUUGUUGAUGAGAAUGAAAACAUCCCAAUGGCAGGAGGUUAUUGAUUUGAAUCUUACUGGCGUGUUUCUGUGCACACAGGCUGCAGCGAAAGUUAUGAUGAAACAGAGAAAGGGAAGAAUAAUCAAUAUAGCAUCUGUUGUUGGUCUUGUUGGCAAUGUUGGACAAGCCAACUACAGUGCUGCAAAGGCCGGAGUAAUUGGCUUUACGAAGAGUGUCGCAAAGGAAUAUUCAAGCAGGAGCAUUAAUGUCAAUGCUGUAGCACCUGGUUUUAUUGCAUCUGAUAUGACUGCCAAGCUUGGAGAAGACAUAGAAAAGAAGAUCUUGGGAACCAUCCCCCUAGGGCGAUAUGGUCAACCUGAAGAAGUCGCAGGACUGGUGGAAUUCUUAGCGCUCAAUCCUGCUGCCAGUUACAUUACUGGACAGGUAUUGACCAUUGAUGGAGGGAUGGUGAUGUGAGAGGCCAAGUCCUGCACCCCAACCAGCUUCAUCUUACAGAAGGUUUCAAAUGACGCUUCAUCUUAUAGAAAGUUUCAAACGAAGAGAGGCUUUUCUUUAUAUUCCAUUCUUGACCGGCUUCUAAUUUCAAACUGAAUAGAAGAGUAGAAGGAUAAUAUGUAUAUUUUUUCCGUUUAGCAAAGGUGGUUAAAAUAUAUACUCUGAGACUUGUGAACAGUGUAAGAGAAAAAAGACUUGAUAGGAAUUGUUUUUGUGUAGUGGUUUCAGUCUCCAGAUGAUGCUAAAGCGUUCCACUGUACUAGCUGAUAUAUGGGUUGCAUAUGAAGUCUUUUGUUAUUCUUUGUGUGGAGGUAGAAAAUCUGAAGCCUAUAGGCUUGCGGCUUUUAACCACUUUGGGGUUUAGGCAAAUCUUUUAACCACUUUGUAAAGCUAUUGGUCGAAAGGCCGCGUAGCUCUCCUUUGGGUUUGGACAAAUCUUUUAACCACUUUGUGGAUAUUAUCAUAACAUGGAUGUUAAUUUUAAUUAGGAUUCUCUAAUAUAAAUAUAUUUUCAUUUCUAGUUA